AUGGAAUUUACUGUUAUUUUUCCUUUUCGUCCAAAGAGCGAUAACAAACUUUCUAAGACGACCAUUAUGGCGCGCUUCAAAUCUUGAAGACUACUUCUUACACUUCAAUUUUUUCCAUUCGCUGGAGUCUCCUCAGCUCACCCCACUUAUCCUUUAAUGUAUCAUUGUAAUGUUUUAGUGCUACCGCCUUUUUCAAAGUAUUCGUAGUAGUUUCAGUCAAACCCUAGCAUUUGCUGCCGGUGUUAGGUGCUUGAUGAUUUAUUUACCUGAGGUAGGUACAGUCACGAACAUUGCACGACUUACACAUGCCACGUUUACACAGCAUAUUGUCGACAUUUAUGAGUCUGUUUUAGCGUGGUAUGGAGGUAACAACAAAUUUAUUGCAAGGCAAAGGUUUAAACCUUUAAGUUCGCUAGUUUUCCUUGCUAUAAACAAUCUGAAUACUUCAGGGGCAGCUAGAGGAGUACUUGCGGGUUUUGUUAUCCGGAGACUCCAUCCUGUUUUAUGUCCCUUGAGAUGUUCUGUCUGUCACACUACCGAGAAUUCAAUAAAUACACCAGAGUCUGUUAUAAAUGUCCCGUAGCCCUGCGUUGAUAAACAGAAAGGAUUAACAAAGGUAUGGCAUUUGCCACACAUACAGUCCAGAAGGUGGCAUUUGCAACAGUUCACCUCGCUCCCGGACUAGUGAGACUAAAUCGUUCAGCAAACGUAGACGGGAGAGUACAUUGGAGAGUAGAAUCAGACUGUUCCUCCUCCCCGCCUCUUCAUCGCUACAAAGAUGGAGAAAGUCUGUGUUUGAGGUCACGACGGCGACACGGUUGCCCCCAGGUGGCGGUUCUUUGUAUCUGUGUCUGUACAAUGGGUAGACAACACUAACCCUGCACUCGUCGGAACUGCUACCGUCCCUCUCCUCGGUUUGCAGGUGGGUGGCCGUUCCAAGGUGAGUCUUUGCUGAUGUCAAAUUGACAGUGGAGCACCUUUGCUGUACACCGGGUUGUUGGUCAGGUAAAGCAGGUACAAACGAGAAAAGAGACUGGAGGACAGAAGAAAUUCUUUGGGUUUCAUUCAAUGCACUGGUGGGACGCCCACGACAGGUCUUUGUGUUUUGUUGAGGGAAAGAACUCAUGUUGACAUUCUCUGUGUUAGCCAUUGUGUGUUGACUCUCGUGAGUGGGUUUUGUUUACUUUGGUCCCUCUGUUGCUUCCUUGUUCCGACUGUGUGUGUGUGUUAAAGAGAUGAAACGUGAUUCUUAGUGGUGCUGCGCUUGGUGAUGACAAUCGCCUUUGUCUUAAGUGUGUCCUCUUAAGUUCCUUUCAACUUCCUCUCCCAAUAUAUUAUCUUAAAAUAGACAACUUCGGGAUGUGCUGUGUGUCUUUUUUGUAACUGGUGAUAUCUUUGCUAUUAACGGGUGAUUUAUCAGUUUCGAACUGUUUUGGCUUUUUCUUCAUCGCCAUCUGUACUCAGCGAUCCUCGUACAAGACGGUCGUCACCUAUUGUAAAGCCGACCCUUCACCCGUGUAACUGUCGACACAAGGGAUAUUUUCUUACUGUUAACUACUACAAUGAUGCUAGUCAGUAGAGUGGGCGAGAUAAACAUUGCAACAAUCAGCUGCCUGGUAGGAUGUACAGUACACGAGACAGAUGUUACGGAUGAGAGUUUUUUCGCUUGAGCGGACAGGUGUAAUAAAAUACAGGAUGAGCAGCGAGCGGCCUUCAUUUAUGCUAUAGGCUGCUGAGACAAAAACGACUUCAAUCCACCUUGCUAUUAAAAAAAAUAACAACUAAGGUCCGGAUCCUGUUUAUCUGGUUGACCCUACCCGAGGAGAGAGGUGUUGACAACCUUGACUUCCCUUAUCUCUCUCACACAAGCAACUCAAUACGACUGCUUCACAUUGUGGGAUAUUGUGAUUACUGAACACCUGAGAAAACUCCCAAAAUAGCAACAACAGGUGGCUUGUGUCCCACCUCACCUGCCUUCCCCUCCUGCUAUUGACCUGUAAUAUAACCUGCACUACCCAUGGAGAAAUCAUGGAGUGACUGCAGCAAGGACUUCGAUGACCCGCUACAGGAUGGUUGAGUUCAUACUCUUCCAAGAAUGCAGCAGAACUGCUUGGAGGCCAGUCAUUUCGUCCCACAGCAGAAGUCACUUCGUCCCAGAUGUGUCCAUCUCGUCCCAGAUUUCGCCACUUUGAUGAAGGAAGGACUCAGUUCAGUUUGUUGAUGAAAAACACUUUACCUGGGGUCUUCUAGCGCCUUUCCUACAAGCUAUGGAUGCCCACUGCAUCAAACGGUUGUUCGUCGUAUGUAUCAUUACAGUGGUAAUGACUGUAGUCACGUGGUCUGUCUAUCGAGGUCCUACAAAUACUGAAUUUUUUCAAAAGGUUUUAUUGUUUGUGUCAAGUCCUGAUAAUGAACCAGUUGAGAACUUAACAAUAUAUACAGUGAAUCCAACUACUCCAGGAACAACACCUGUAGUACGUCGCGACAAAUUGGUUGAGAUCUUCCCCAACUGGACUACUGCCGACCCACAUGACGCAGUUCCGGUCAAGCGUGUCUACCUGUACUCAGCCACCCUCACCCUCCAGCAGACGCCACCCAGUGGCAGCCACAUCCGCCUCACGGCCUUCCAGGAGAAGAGGGUGGGUCAGCUGACGUGCUGCUUCCGUCGCCAUGGCAGCGACACAAUUACAUCACCAGCGCACAUCGUUCACUCUCUGGCCGACCCCGACAACAUCAACGACCAGCGGGAAGUGUUCGCGGUGGUCUAUCAGUGUCACGUGCCUUUUUCGCCUCUAGAGUUGACCGGGGCUCGCGUCACUGUGACCCCUGACCCUGCCUGUCCAGUGGAGGACAACAACUACAUACCAGUGUAUACCCCGGAGGUUGUGAAAGGAGGACUAGCCAUCUGCGGCAAAGUAGCCUUCGGUAGUUUGCUGGAUCCUCUGAAGCUAGUAGAAUGGUUUGAAAUGCAGAAGCUGCUUGGUGUGGACAAAAUCCAAAUAUUGGACUUUGGAAAUCCUGAGAAUGUGACCAGGGUGUUCAAAUAUUAUCAGAAUACCGGCUUGCUGUCUAUUUUCCCGUAUAAACUCCCAGGUCGUCCAUGGGGUCGAGGUUUUACUGAUGAAACUAGAGUGCUUUACCAACUGAACCAGGAUGAAGAUUUUCCUAUUCUUGAAUGUCGUCUUCGACUGGCUGGCUAUGAAUAUGUCAUGGGCAUCGACAUGGAUGAAAUCAUUUUACCAAGAAAUGAACUGUCGUUAAAACCUUGUUUCCAGCAAAUAUUUGGCGAGAACCCAGUCCUAGCAGCCGCGUUCUUCCACGUGCAGUUCUUUGUGGAGGAGUUCGGACCGGAGGACAAGGAUGCUCCCCUGCACGUGCUCCGCUACCUCAAGAGCACGCCGGCACGCUGGGAGUGCCAGAAGUACACGUACAUACCCGCCAGAACCAACCAGGGUACAACACAUAGUGUUAGUCCCUACCCCGGCUUUUACACGACGAGAAUCGCAUCAGACAAAGCUGUGAUUCACCAUUAUCGCAAGUGCCCACACGUGUGGCCCACCUGCACUCCCACAACGAUCACCGACAGGUCCAUCACGAGGUUCAAAACGGACCUUGUUCCUCGGGUGAAAGACGUUCUCAGUAAAAUUGGAUUCUAGUACAAAAACAUUUACGAUCAGAUUUUUUAUACUGAUGCUGCUUGGCAAUCUUCCAUAUUUAUAUUGAUUGCAUUUUUAUUGAGAAGCAUUUACAUAAUUUAUUUCUAACUUUGCUUGUUCGUUUUUUUCUCACUACUAUACAUAAAAUUGUCCAUGGAGGGGAUCAUAAAUCUUGACCAGUGACCUGGGACGCACUGGCAGGAACAAGCGUGCUGUUUUGAAGACUUUUAGUAGAUUCUAGCUUUUCAGAAUCGGUUCACCAUCAAAUGGUGAUCAGGGACGGACACUCAAAGCUCAAGAAGAGGAAACUUGGUGUUAGAGUAAGAAGAAGAGGAGAGUUUGUCUCGCGAAGACGUUAAGACUUGGUGCAAGGGACCGCGGUGCUGGUUUACACCGGGUCUCAUUAUAAUAUUGUCAUUAUUUGGGUACCAAACCUGUGAAUUUUGGAUUGCAUGAGUGUGUUGAUUGUGGAUUUUGAAUAUUUAUCGCGGAGUGUGCCACUCGCUGUUCUAUAAUUCAAGUUUUUUGUAUUAAUACCGAUACCUAAGGAAAAAUGCACUUUUAGUACAUUUCAACAAAAGUGAUUUAAUAUAGUUUUUUGGUUUUUGUUAUGUCGAAUUAUGUGUCCAGACAGAUGGAUAUUAAACAAUAUAAUGGUGAUCUCA